UCUGAAUCAUACAAGUAUGGUUGUUGCAGUCGGUUCAAAUUUUCAUCUGUAGAGCGUGAUUGUGAAGGGAACCCAGGGCGGCCAAGAUGAAGCUGGUGCACAUCGCCACCUUUCUAAGCUGCGUAGCUACCUGGACCGAGCUCCUGGCGGUCGAUGCUGUGCAACUGCGGUCACAAGUCGCUGCGGCAGUUGAGAACUCUUCAGCGGACAGCGGAAAUGCUCGCGGCAAGAGCAUGCUGCUUUCCGCUCGUUUGGAAGCGCGUGCGGAUUUGAAAGACAUCACGCAACAGGAGGCCAUCCUGCAGAACCACAUCUCGCGGGUUUACUCCCUCUUCGAGUUUACGAAGGAGCUGCUACUGAACCGAGAAGCAGGCUCACCCAACAACAAGAAUAAAGCGGCCAGCGAUAUCACGGCAACUAUGCCCGCUGACGUCAAGGCCGCUUACGAACAGUUGCAGAAGAACAGCAAGGCUAGGUUGGGCAGUAGAGGCAUGGUUGGCAGCCUGAUCGGUAAAGCGAUGGGCCCGGCAAUCAUGGUGCCGCUGCUGCAAGAGAUGUACGAAAAGUUCAAAGGCGACAUCAAGCGCGCCAAUGCGCAGGAAAAGCGAGCCGCGGACAGGGUUUCGAAGCAGGAAAAGGAGUAUGUUACACUGCAGAACGAGGGAAAAUCCUUCUUGCUGGAGCAAAAGAAAAAAGUCAUCGACUACUACAAGAAGCAACGGGAGAUCCAGCACCACCACUAUCACACGAUGCUCAAGAUGGCCCACGCGAUGAUGCAGCGCAUAACAAAGGUGAAACAAAUGUGCGCGGAUGCGGCUAACGGGAAAAUGUUGUCUGGAAAGCAACUCGAAGAGCUGCGCCUAGCCGCGCCAAGUACGAAGAUUGUUUUGUAACCUAGAGGAACAAGUCUGUUCGCGAUGUUUCGAAUUCUUUUUUUCCACAAAAAAAUUGUAGAGAACAAAAUUUCCCAGAAUCAAAUGAAACGGACUCAGGUUCGACAUACAUGCUGCCCUGCUUCAAACGGUCAUAUAUUUUGUUUGUUAC